CUUCGCCCUCGUGCCCCUCUCUCGUUUUCGCCUGGUGAUUCCUGCAUAGGAAGUGCCAGGUCUCUCACCAUCCUGCUGUGCCUCACCUCGAGGCAAAGCGGCCUGAAUUCCAUGCUCCUCCCUUGGUUGCCCGCCCCUUCGUCUCGACGUAAUCGAUCGACCCGUCGAUGACAGGGGGCCAAUAGUGGUCCUCGCUCUUUCCAACGGGCAGAUGCACAAGCUCCGCCUAACCCAAACGCCGCGCCGGCGUAUUUUCUGUCGUGUUUGUGCGUCCUGCGUCUUGGGGCAAGGCGUUUUUUUUUCUUUCUUUGCUUUUCCCCCUCUUCUGCACAUCUUCUCCAGAUCUGCACUUGGCGUGUGCUCCCGGGGCCAAUGAAGGAGGGCCGGGCGACUUGCACCUUACCGGAAUCGUGGCAAGCCCAUGGGAGAGCUAGCAGGUAUCCAAGGCCUGGGAUUCGCUGCUAGCUCAUGCGCCCGCCCAUUUUUGGCCCACGAGCUGAAAUGAGAGAUGGCACAAGCGCCACACCGUUCUUCGGGCUGCUGCUGCCCGCCCGCCCUGGCAGGACGGCGUGAUCAUACAGCCGGGUGUCUUUUUUUGCCUGGGAGCUGAGAGGACAAGAUGCUGUGGCGUGCCCACCCACAGGUCCCCAGAAUCGUAGGUGGCUGCCGCCGUCGCUUUGGGCUCUUUCUUUUCCGAGUUUUUGGGAAUCCCAUCCCUGGGCGGUGCUUUUUUUUUUCUGUUGCAAAGCAAGGCUGCCCCGUCGCUCGCCUAGCUCUCACUACCCAGACAUCCCCCCUUCGAGUGCCAUACCGCCACGAUCGAUAAUGGCACGGAACUGCGCCGUCAGCCUCCUCGCGGCGGGCAGGAUGCUCCUGCUGUUGGGGGCCGCGCCCGUCGCGUCCGCCUUCUCGCCCAGGAUGGAGUACCGAGGUCGGGAGUGGACGCCGGCGAAGCCGACGCGCCUGGCGUCGGUAACGCUCGCGGGGGUGGGCGAUGUGUCGCCGGCCCCGACGGAGGCGCCCAGGCACGGCGGCGACUUUGGCGGAGUUGAGUUGUUCAAGAGGGACUAUACCAUGGGCUCCGACACGUGUGGUUUCGCGGCUCAGUACAAGUCGGAGCCAUGGACGUGUUUCCGCGUCGACGCCUCAUGCGUUUCCUUCUCGACCGCCAUGGGCUGCUGCAACGGAAAAGAGCCGGACUGCCACAGCACGAUAUUGAUGUCGUGCCGUGACUACACGAGCGGCGUCUCUGCCAGUUGCGGCACCGGAACACUAUGCUGCGCGAGCGCCUCGCCGUCUUGCUUCACGUGGCAGUACUCGACCACCAACUCGGCCGGCCAGGCUGGCAGCACCUACUCCAUCUUCAACUGCUACGUCUCGGGCGGCACCGGCACGCUGCUCUCGACCCCGCCCGCCCUGCGCCUCUCGGGCACGUCGUCGGUCAAGACCGAGAGCACCCGGCUCAACCCGCCAGACACGACCCCCACCACCACCGGCGGCGGCGGCGGCGGCGGCGGCGGUUCGGGCUCCUCGCAGACGUCGCCCCCGGCCCCGGCACCAAACUCCAAUUCGGCCAGCAACAACAUCGGCGUCAUCGUCGGCGGCGCGGUCGGCGGCGCCGCGAUCCUCGCCGGCGUCAUCGUCGCCGUCUUCUGGCUGGUGAUGCGCAACAAGCGCGAGAAGGCAGCCGCAGCAGCAGCGGCAGGAAACGGCGGUCCAGGCACGGCGGCAGGCGGCGGCGGCGGGGUGGCCGGGUUCGCGGGCGGCGGCGCCUACCCGCCGUCGGGGGUGUCGCCGGGCCAGACGACCGUGUCGCCCGUCACGGCGGUCGGGUCGCCGCACAUGAGCCAGAACGGCUACUUUGCCGUCCCGCAGCAGGGGCAGUACCCCGGCCCCGACGGGCGGUACCCUAGCUACUACGAGCCCGCGAAGCAGCAGCCCAGUCCCGUCCACAGCGACCCGCGUUAUAGCGUGAUGCAGCCUCAGCACACCGGCAACUCGAUGGGUGGCGGCGGCGGUGGGCAGUGGCAUGCGCCUGCCGGCAGUCCGCAGCAGGCGCCGCCGAUGGAGCUGGCGACCACGAAUCCUGUCGGAUCGACGGGGAACCGUGCUGAGCUUCUGUGAUGAGGGGUUUGUGGAGGUGCUGCUUUUGUCUGCCUGAUGCCGAAGCCGGAUCGAGACCGGAUCGCGGCUGAUAUGUUUCUACGGCCGCCUGGUGUUAAAUAAUACGUUGUGUUGGAAAAUGCUCGGGCUUUCUGCAUUAUAGAGUCUUGGUUGGGUGAACGUGGAACUCUGGAUAACCAUUCACUGUAUUUGUGUUUUAGCGUUGUGGUUGCUGUGAUAGUUCUGCUUCUGUCUGGGUUUAGGACAAUAUAGGUACUUUCUAGCGUUACCGUCCCCGUG